AUGCGACCAUGGGAAGUAGCAGUGAAUAGGCUGCCACCAACAGCCCCCUUAAACCCCCGGAGGUUCCUUGCAGAGCCCUGCAACACCCCUGCGCAUCUCAGGAGAAGCCCACCAGUGAGACGCCAGUGGGGCCGUCGAGACAGACCUGUACUGCACACUUCCCUGGUUCAUGAUGAGAACCUGCACCAUUUGCUUUUCUCUCAGUAUCACCACCAACAAGUUCCUUUAGAUGAGUCCCGACAAUAUAGCCAUACCAGCACAUCGCCACGCAUGCUUCACCCUGCGGCCCACCUGCCCCAGCAGAGCCCCAUCAUGGUGGAUCUACACGAACAGAUGCACCAGGGGUCCGUUCCAAUAUCAUACACUGUUACCACGGUGACAACCCAUGGCUUCCCCAUCCACGCUGGGCAGCCCCUUCCCGGGUGCAGCACUCAGCAGCUGCCAGCAUGCUCGGUAAUGUUCCGCGGACAGCUCUCUCUGCUCUGCUGCCUUCCUCCUCCUCUCAUUCAGGCGUGCACCAUGCAGCACAUGCCAGUGUCUUAUCAAGCCUUUCCGCCCCUGAUCUCCAGUGAACAUUUUGUAUUGCACCCGACGCCCUCUGUCCCUCCCCACCAGCCACCGCACCUUACUCCUCUGAGCCAGUUCGUCCCUUUACAGCCUCAGCACCCACGCAUGCCUCUGCAGAGGGUGGACAAUGAAGUGGACCUAAGAGGGGACCAGCACCCACUUGGGACCUUCUCGUACCCUUCGUCCCACCACCCACCAGCGCUGCCUCCGUCUUUACCCCUACAAUAUCUUCCUCAAGAGCCUCUGCAUCAGGAGCUUCCCUUUGGAGUGCCAUACCCCCACAUGCUGCCACGACGACAACGAUACCGACCACAGCAGCCCUUGCCCCCUCCGCCGCCUCCUCCCUCCUACUACCCUGGAUUCCUCCCCUACUUCCUAUCAAUGCUUCCGGUGCCUCCCACGGCAGUAGGCCCUGCCAUCAGCCUCGACCUGGAUGUGGACGAUGUGGAGAUGGAGAACUAUGAGGCACUGUUGAAUCUGGCUGAGAGGCUGGGAGAGGCGAAACCUCGUGGACUCACUAAAGCAGAUAUAGAACAACUUCCAUCGUACAGAUUCAACUCUGAGAAUCAUCUUUCUGAACAAACGCUGUGUGUUGUGUGCUUUAGUGACUUUGAGUGUAGGCAGCUACUUCGGGUAUUACCUUGUAACCACGAGUUCCACGCAAAAUGUGUGGAUAAAUGGUUAAAGACCAAUCGCACUUGUCCCAUUUGCCGAGCUGAUGCGUCGGACGUGCACCGGGAGGCGGAGUGA